GCGGAGCGGCGUGGGGCGGAGGCGCUCGCACCAUGGCCGCGGCCCCGGCUCUCUCCCGGGUCCCGACGCGCCGGCACUACCGUGUGCAACUGCGCUUCGUCACCGAGGAGCAGCUCUUCGCCGCAGGGCCCCUCUCGCUCCCCGACCCGAAGCCUCUGCGGCUGGAGGUGCACCCGGCAGGGGACGAGGCGGACGCGACGGUGACUGACGCUGAUGGUGUCUGUGUCUUCAAAUGCUCACUCAACAGAGACACUGAAUGUUGCCGUGUAGGGAAGGAGUCCAUCUUAAUUACUCUGGGCUACAGCAGUGCUUUACUGAAGUUUGAGUCUCAUGCAGAAUUCAGCUCGUUUGCAAAUACCUUGAAAAGAUGCCGGAACGAGAACAAGGAAGAGUCGGUGUUCAGCCAGCGGACAGAAGAGGCAUCUGCGGCCCAAUACUUCCAGUUUUAUGGCUGCCUUUCCCAGCAGCAGAACAUGAUGCAAGAUUUUGUGAGAACAGCCACUUACCACAGAGCCAUCCUCCAGAACCACAUUGACUUUAGAGACAAGGUUGUUCUAGAUGUUGGUUGUGGAUCAGGAAUACUGUCGUUUUUUGCUGUGCAGGCCGGAGCUCGGAGAGUCUAUGCAGUUGAAGCCAGUUCAGUAGCACAGUAUGCUGAGAUGCUAGUGAAAAAUAACCACCUUUCAGACAAGAUCAUUGUUUUGCCAGGGAAAAUUGAAGAAAUCUCACUUCCGGAGGCUGUGGAUGUGAUCAUUUCAGAACCAAUGGGAUACAUGCUGUUCAAUGAAAGGAUGCUAGAAAGUUACCUUCAUUCCAAAAAGUGGCUGAAAGCAAAUGGAAUGAUGUUCCCGACUUUCAGCGACAUCCACUUGGCCCCCUUUUCUGACGAACAGCUCUACAUGGAACACUACUCCAGAGCCAACUUUUGGUACCAGCAGUGCUUCUACGGGGUCAACCUGUCCAGUCUCCGGGGUGCUGCCGUGGAUGAAUACUUCAGACAGCCAAUAGUAGACACAUUUGACAUUAGGAUUUUAAUGGCUCGGACAGUCAAGUACACAGUAAACUUUAUGGAUGCAGAAGAGGCAGAUCUCCACAGAGUAGAAAUUCCCUUUGUGUUUCAUAUGGCGCAGUCUGGCCUCAUCCAUGGCCUGGCGUUUUGGUUUGACGUGGCCUUUGUUGGAUCUCUGGUAACGGUUUGGCUGUCGACAGCUCCCACUGAGCCUCUGACUCACUGGUAUCAGGUGCGGUGCCUACUUCAGACUCCUCUCUUUGCCAAGGAAGGAGAGACCCUCUCAGGGAGAGUGCUGUUUGUCGCUAAUAAACGACAGAGCUAUGACAUUCAGAUUGUGGCGCUGGUAAACCAGACGGGCUUCCGAUCUGGGAACACCCUCGAUUUAAAGAACCCUUUCUUCAGGUUUGCUUAGAAGAUAGUGACAUGCCAAGCCAUAAGUACACGAAGGCCUGAGAAGUCCCAUAACAUGCAAGUUCAUCCUUCAUGUUCCAAACACGCGUUCUAAAUUUUACAAGGAUGUUGAGGUUUAUUUAAAUUCCCUUUUCCCCCUGAUGUUAAAAUGUGCAUCCUAAUUUUAUUGACCAAUCUAUUUCUUGGUGCUUUUUUAUCUGGACUGGCUCCUUACAGCUUUCUGCAUGUAACUGAAGAAUACUUUUCUUUUUUGCUAUCUUUUUUUUUAAUUAGUAAACAACCAACAGCAUUGCUUUAAUUGUUGAAGUAUUUAAAAAAAAUUUAACAGAAUCCUACCUCAUGUUUAUAUGUAUGCAUAUGUAUGUCAUGACAUAAGAGCAUGUUAGGGGCGAUCUAUUUGCAAUUUUCAUCUGUUUUUGCAAAUGGUUUCAGCACAUCAGCAGCUAGUGCCUAGUUCAGCAACGUGUUAAAGAAUUUUUGCCUUCUUCGUGUGAUGUCAGGAA